GGCUUUGCCAUUAUUAUAAUUAUUAAUUAAACUUUACGAUACACUGAUUAAUAGAUUUAAUUACUCUUAAUAUUUAACUAGUGUCCACUAAACAUUAUUUUUUUACGGAUAUAUUAUAUGGUUGUACAUACCAAUUUACGUCGCACACACUACCAAAGAAUCACCACUGAAAACCACGUAAAACGCACUAUCACUGUGGAUUUUAUCCUUUUGCGGUCAUGGCAGCUGGGUCACCGAGGUGUGGGAGAGAGCUCACCACAGGGCGAAGGCAGGAACGGCGAAGAUCAUUCAUAGUUAUUUCCCGACGAAUCCAUUUCUUAUGCGCUUUCUUGUAGUACUUAUAAAAUGCGAGGAGGCUCAGUAAGGCAAUAAAUCCUAUAAGUACUCCCAAUAAUUGAUUGGUAGUGUAGCUGGGGUGAUCUUGCGAGGCUGAUGCUGUAUUUGUUCCUCCAGUCUGAGCAAUAAUGACUUCCUCCUGUUUAGAUUGCGGUUUCCCCAUUUUCCCAGUUUAUUUUAGACUUUUUAGCACUUCUAAGACUCGUUGAAGUAAUCACAGCGCGACGAUUAUAUUUAGAGGAACCCAUAAUGAUCUUAAUUCGUGCACACGAGCGCGCGGCGCGGCGGCCAGGGUCGCCAUCUAAGGUUCGGUGGCGGGAUUAGGUGAAACGUCCGAAUUGGUUUGAAGCUCGAGUAUAAUUGCGUCAUAAAAUGGUUACAUACUCGUACGAAGCAUAGCAUAAUCAUGUAUAUUGUAUAUCUAUACGUUUACACACAUACUACACUUGUCUUCCAUGGUCUUGAUAGCCAUCAAUUAAAUCUUCUUUUAUAUUAUAAUUGAGAUUUUUUUUAAUGACAUCUCAUCAAACAUGAGCAUAUGAGCAUUAUCGCUUGGCCGUUGUGAUUUGAAAAAGUCAGUCAGCACUUUAAAUAUGGGUUUGGUGAUGCCAACAGUAAAAGGCACUCUAUUGAGUAACACCUGCAACAAUAUAAUAAUAAAUACCUAAAUGUAUAAAUGCAUAAAUGUGAAUUAAGGUUACUGACAUAGCUGUUGAAAUGUAUAAACUGAAGUGGCAGUGGUCUGGUCGUAAUAUUAGCAUGGGUCUCCCCCUGCCUGCUGCACCUACGAUACUUAGGCAGCCAAUUAAUGGCUGGAUGAGGUAGGCUGAGGACUGAGUGCUCCUUGGGAGUGAUGAUGAUGAUGAUGAUCUAAAUGCAUAAAAUGUUUGCAUAUACCUACAUAAUUUUAUUUAAAAUAGUUUAUUACAAAUAAGAAUAUAGAAGUAUAGUUAUUACCUUUAGUGUACUUGGUGAUGGAAGCUGAAAUAGCCUCCUCAUUAAACGGUAGCAGGUUGGUGAUAUUUUAAAAAGAAUAGAUAUUUUGUUGAUUAUCAGCGUGGAUACUAUCAAUAGUAUCGAAAGUAUCGAUCUUACUAUCAAGCGUAAUUGGCAACACUACUUCAGAUAGGUAAUAAAUACAAUACGCCUCAUUAAAUGAACUUUAAUUUAUUUUUUAAAUCUUGUGGGGAAAGUGUGGGAAUAUCGGUCUCAUAAUUCCCCAAAUAGUACAUAGUUGAGAGUUAAGCAAGACAUAGUUCGACAUAAUACUCCUCAUUGGGUAGAUCCUCUCGCUAUGGCUGCGAUUGCAAAGUUAUUUGUACUAGAUCAGUUAAAUAAUUGGGUAGUAUACCUUUAUUAUAAUAUCCACGUAUCGAUCGUCCAAGAAAAAAUGGAAGAGGAUGGCAAUUAAUAUUAACACAAGUACCUAUUUAUUUUUAAUUUAGUAAGUAGCAUUAUUAAGCUAUUAAAAUGAUUAAAAAGUACUUUAUUAACGAUUGAUGAUAAAUAAAAAUGGUACAUAAAUUAUUGUCUUUCUAAAAAUUGUGUUUUAUGACGUUCACAGUUAAAGACACAGUCUGAGUCGGUUGGUAGUGGUAAAAAAUAAAAAUACAGACAAUGAAAGCAUUUGUGGCUUCUGUGGCCGCUUAUUUUACAGAUCCUAAAUACCCUUCUCUGGGACUAGCCAUUGUAUUUUUAAAGAUUAUUGGGCUAUGGAAGCUGAAGAAAGUUCAUUACAUCGUACCAUUUUGCCUAUUCAUUACUUUCAUGAGCCAGAUUUUGUACAUGCUUUUUUCCCCUCGAAUCGUCCAUUUUUUCUUGAACUUGUUUCAAACAGGAUUUUUCCAUCUGGGACUAAUUAAGAUGGCACUUUACUUUUAUAAUUUGCCAACGUGGAUGGAAACUUUCAAUUGGCUGUCAGAAAUGGAGCUUCAACAACUAGAAGAUGAACAUUUGAAGCCCAUUGUGGAUAAAUUUACCAAGUACGGAAACCGUGUCACAUGGGGUUGGCUUAUCGCAAGCUACGCGACAUGGGUUUUCAAUUACGGGGAAAAUUUAUUGAUGGUCAUUUAUCAAAUUGAAACAUUGCACGAAAUAGAUCCGACCUACAUUACUUUUUAUUUGCUCUGGCCUACGGAACCUGCUACAGGAAGGUGGAAUGUUUACCCAUACAUAGUUGUGCAGUUUCUAUACUCAUUUUUCACGGUCACAUAUUUAAAUCUCUUCGAUGUCCUGUGUGUAUCGACUAUGAUAGCCAUGGCUGGACAGAUAGAAGUAUUAAGCGAGAUGUUUCGACGGGCGCUGGACACGGAUAGUGAAGAGGAGCAGUAUCGCAAUUUAAUUACCUGUUACAAACGCUACGCCGACAUACUUUUUACUCAAAAAAAAUUAAACAGUGUUAUGUCGCCUGUUCUGUUUAUGUACUUGCUGAUUGCUUCAAUAAACAUGAGCUUCAUACUGUUUAGUUUGGCAAACCUCCAAAAAUCAUCGAAAAUUGCGUCCCAAGUGCUGGUUUUAGCACUUAUGAUUGAAGCUUUUUAUUACUAUUGGCACGGACAUCAAGUUCGUUAUCAGAGCGAGAAUAUAAGCGCGGCGGUGUAUGACUCUGACUGGGUGGAUAAGAGUCCUGAAAUUCGUCGACUUGUCUACAUCAUGUCCUCCACGGUCAACAGGAAACUUGUUUAUAACGCUGGCCCUUUUAAUGAAGUGACUGUUGUUACUUUUAUCCAGAUCGUGAAGGUCACAAUAAGCUUCUACAGAUUGAUGUGUACGACAACCUUGUCGGACUCCGGCUCAUAAUUAUGUUUAAGUUUGCACAAUGAAUGUAAGUUAUAAAUAAAACGUAGGUUUCGUCAUUUCUUUACGCUGUAUUUACAUCUGUAGCAUUUAAAACUAGCCAUUAUGAUUAUACGUGCAUUGGAACGGAGAUAAUGAUACCCAGAAAUGGUACAAAUCUGCACUCAUAUUAAUAUUCUCAGGGGUCUGUACUCAAAAGAAACCACAAUAUUAACGUUGUAUUGUUAUAUCACAGGUUCGAAAACUCAUUCGAUUUUUCUUAUAUGUAAAAAUAAAAUGAUAAAAAAUAAACGAAAUUAACAUCAGCACUA